CGCGCCAGUCCCCUGGUCCGGUUUCCCGCCGCGCUGUUUUGCUUCCGGUUGUUCCGAAAGUCGGGUCCUCAAGUGCGGCGAGAUCAGUUUCCGGUUCCGGGGUAGCGGGGUGGUGGUGGUGGGGCUCCGGUCGCUAUGGGUCUGAAGUGACGCCGCAGCCAACGGGAACCGCGAGGGACGGGGCAGGAUGAACCGGGCCAAGCCCACCACGGUGCGCCGGCCCAGCGCCGCGGCCAAACCCUCAGGGCACCCUCCCCCCGGAGACUUCAUUGCUCUGGGCUCAAAGGGUCAGGCCAAUGAAUCGAAAACGGCAUCCACCCUGCUGAAGCCAGCCCCUUCUGGCCUACCUUCCGAGCGCAAGCGGGAUGCGGCAGCUGCGUUGUCUGGUGCCUCGGCCCUUACCGGCCUCACCAAACGCCCCAAACUCUCCUCUACACCCCCGCUGAGUGCCCUGGGGCGCCUGGCUGAGGCUGCAGUGGCAGAAAAACGAGCCAUUUCUCCGUCGAUUAAAGAACCAUCUGUGGUGCCAAUUGAAGUGCUGCCCACGGUACUGCUGGAUGAGAUCGAGGCAGCCGAGCUGGAGGGCAAUGACGACAGGAUCGAGGGCGUGCUGUGCGGGGCUGUGAAGCAGCUGAAGGUCACCCGGGCCAAGCCCGACAGCACCCUCUACCUGAGCCUCAUGUACCUGGCCAAGAUCAAGCCCAAUAUCUUUGCCACCGAGGGCGUCAUCGAGGCUCUUUGUAGUCUCCUGCGGCGGGACGCCUCCAUCAACUUCAAGGCCAAGGGGAACAGCCUGGUGUCUGUGCUGGCCUGUAACCUCCUCAUGGCUGCCUAUGAGGAAGACGAGAACUGGCCUGAGAUCUUUGUCAAGGUGUACAUCGAGGAUUCCCUGGGGGAGCGGAUCUGGGUGGACAGCCCUCAUUGUAAGACAUUUGUGGACAACAUCCAGACGGCCUUCAACACCAGGAUGCCCCCCAGGAGCGUGCUGCUGCAGGGGGAGGCAGGCCGAGGUGCGGGCGACCUGGGCGCAGGGAGCAGCCCGCACCCCUCCCUCACGGAGGAGGAGGACAGCCAGACAGAGUUGCUGAUCGCGGAGGAGAAGCUGAGCCCCGAGCAGGAGGGCCAGCUCAUGCCCAGGUAUGAAGAGCUCGCGGAGAGCGUGGAGGAGUACGUCCUGGACAUGCUGCGGGACCAGCUGAAUCGGCGCCAGCCCAUCGACAACGUCUCAAGGAACCUCCUGCGGCUCCUUACCUCCACCUGUGGCUACAAGGAGGUGCGGCUACUGGCCGUGCAGAAGCUGGAGAUGUGGUUGCAGAACCCCAAGCUUACCCGGCCGGCCCAGGACCUGCUGAUGUCUGUCUGCAUGAACUGCAACACGCACGGCUCCGAGGACAUGGAUGUCAUCUCACACCUCAUCAAGAUCCGCCUCAAGCCCAAGGUCCUCCUCAACCACUUCAUGCUGUGCAUCAGGGAGCUGCUAAGUGCGCACAAGGACAACUUGGGCACUACCAUCAAGCUGGUGAUCUUCAACGAGCUCUCGAGUGCCCGGAACCCGAACAACAUGCAGGUCCUCUACACGGCACUGCAGCACAGCUCGGAGCUGGCACCCAAGUUUCUGGCCAUGGUGUUUCAGGACCUGCUGACCAACAAGGAUGAUUACCUGCGGGCGUCUCGGGCCCUGCUUCGGGAGAUCAUCAAGCAGACCAAGCACGAGAUCAACUUCCAAGCCUUCUGCCUGGGGCUUAUGCAAGAGCGCAAGGAACCGCAGUACCUGGACAUGGAGUUCAAGGAGCGCUUCGUGGUGCACAUCACCGACAUACUGGCCGUAUCCAUGAUGCUGGGCAUCACAGCUCAGGUGAAGGAGGCCGGCAUUGCCUGGGACAAAGGAGAAAAGAGAAAUCUGGAAGUGCUGCGCUCGUUCCAGAACCAGAUCGCCGCCAUCCAGCGGGACGCUGUCUGGUGGCUCCACACUGUGGUCCCCUCCAUCAGCAAGCUCGCCCCCAAAGACUACGUGCACUGCCUGCACAAGGUGCUCUUCACAGAGCAGCCGGAGACCUACUACAAGUGGGACAACUGGCCACCUGAGAGUGACCGAAACUUCUUCCUGCGCCUCUGCUCGGAGGUGCCCAUCCUGGAAGACACACUCAUGCGCAUCCUGGUCAUUGGGCUGUCCCGGGAGCUCCCACUCGGGCCCGCAGAUGCCAUGGAGCUCGCCGACCACCUGGUGAAGCGGGCCGCUGCCGUGCAGGCGGACGAUGUGGAGGUGCUGAAGGUGGGGAGGACCCAGCUGAUCGACGCCGUUCUGAACCUGUGCACCUACCAUCACCCUGAGAACAUCCAGCUCCCGCCCGGGUACCAGCCUCCAAACCUCGCCAUCUCCACCCUCUACUGGAAGGCCUGGCCCCUCCUGCUGGUCGUUGCCGCGUUCAACCCGGAGAACAUCGGCCUGGCUGCAUGGGAGGAGUACCCGACCCUGAAGAUGCUCAUGGAGAUGGUGAUGACCAACAACUACUCCUACCCGCCUUGCACCCUGACGGAUGAGGAGACCCGGACAGAGAUGAUGAACCGUGAGCUGCAGACCGCUCAGCGGGAAAAGCAGGAGAUCCUGGCCUUCGAGGGGCACCUGGCAGCCGCAUCCACCAAGCAGACCAUCACUGAGAGCAGCAGCCUCCUCCUGUCGCAGCUCACCAGCCUGGACCCCCAGGGACCACCCCGGAGGCCUCCGCCUCACAUCCUGGAUCAAGUGAAAAGCCUCAACCAGUCCCUCCGCCUCGGGCACCUCUUGUGCCGGAGCCGAAACCCAGACUUCCUCCUCCAUAUCAUCCAGCGGCAGGCCUCCUCGCAGUCCAUGCCCUGGCUGGCCGACCUGGUGCAGUCCAGCGAGGGCUCCCUGGACGUGCUGCCCGUGCAAUGCCUGUGUGAAUUCCUGUUGCAUGACGCUGUGGAUGAUGCUGCCUCUGGGGAGGAGGACGACGAGAGUGAGAGCAAGGAGCAGAAGGCCAAGAAGCGGCAGAGGCAGCAGAAGCAGCGGCAGCUGCUGGGCCGCCUGCAGGACCUGCUCUUGGGCCCGAAGGCCGACGAGCAGACCACAUGUGAGGUGCUGGACUACUUCCUGAGGCGCCUUGGCUCCUCCCAGGUGGCCUCCCGUGUGCUGGCCAUGAAGGGUUUGUCGCUGGUGCUUUCGGAAGGCAGCCUGCGGGAUGGGGAGGAGAAGGAGCCCCCCAUGGAGGAGGACUUGGGGGAAACUGAUGUGCUGCAGGGCUACCAGUGGCUGCUGCGUGACCUGCCCCGCCUGCCUCUGUUUGAUAGCGUCAGGAGCACCACAGCCCUGGCCCUGCAGCAGGCAAUCCACAUGGAGACUGACCCCCAGACCAUCAGUGCUUAUCUGAUCUACCUGUCCCAGCACACGCCUGUGGAGGAGCAGGCCCAGCACAGUGACCUGGCUCUGGACGUGGCCCGGCUGGUCGUGGAGCGUUCCACCAUCAUGUCCCACCUCUUCUCGAAGCUCUCCCCAAGUGCUGCCUCGGACGCCGUGCUGAGCGCCCUGCUGUCCAUCUUCUCUCGCUAUGUGAGGCGCAUGCGCCAGAGCAAGGAGGGCGAGGAGGUCUACAGCUGGUCAGAGUCUCAGGACCAGGUCUUUCUGCGCUGGAGCAGCGGGGAGACGGCCACCAUGCACAUCCUCGUGGUCCACGCCAUGGUCAUCCUGCUGACGCUGGGCCCGCCGCGAGCUGACGACAGCGAGUUCCAGGCACUGCUGGACAUCUGGUUUCCGGAGAAGAAGCCACUACCCACCGCCUUCCUGGUGGACACCUCAGAGGAGGCGCUGCUGCUGCCUGACUGGCUGAAGCUGCGCAUGAUCCGCUCUGAGGUGCUCCGCCUGGUGGACGCCGCCCUGCAGGACCUGGAGCCGCAGCAGCUGCUGCUGUUUGUGCAGUCCUUCGGCAUCCCCGUGUCCAGCAUGAGCAAACUCCUCCAGUUCCUGGACCAGGCAGUGGCCCAUGACCCCCAGACGCUGGAGCAGAACAUCAUGGACAAGAAUUACAUGGCCCACCUGGUGGAGGUCCAGCAUGAGCGAGGCGCCUCCGGAGGCCAGACUUUCCACUCCCUGCUCACAGCCUCCUUGCCGCCCCGCCGAGAGAGCACAGAGGCACCCAAACCAAAGAGCAGCCCCGAGCAGCCCUCGGGCCAGGGCCGGAUUCGGGCAGGGACCCAGCUCCGCGUGCUGGGCCCUGAGGACGACCUGGCUGGCAUGUUCCUCCAGAUCUUCCCACUCGGCCCAGACCCUCGGUGGCAGAGCUCCAGUCCCCGCCCCAUGGUGCUCGCCCUGCAGCAGGCCCUGGGUCAGGAGCUGGCCCAAGUUGUCCAGGGCAACCCUGAGGUGCCGGGCAUCACGGUGCGAGUCCUGCAGGCCCUCGCCACCUUGCUCAGCUCCCCACACGGUGGUGCCCUGGUGAUGUCCAUGCACCACAGCCACUUCCUGGCCUGCCCGCUGAUGCGCCAGCUUUCCCAGUACCAGUGCUGUGUGCCACAGGACACUGGCUUCUCCUCACUCUUCUUGAAGGUGCUCCUGCAGAUGCUGCAGUGGCUGGACAGCCCCGGUGUGGAGGAUGGGCCCCUGCGGGCACAGCUCAGGCUGCUUGCCAGUCAGGCCUCAGCCGGGUGCAGGCUCAGUGAUGUGCGAGGGGGGCUCCUGCGCCUGGCGGAGGCCCUGGCCUUCCAUCAGGACCCAGAGGUGAUCAGCUCCACCAUCCGUGCGGUCAUCGCCACCCUAAGGUCUGGGGAGCAGUGCAGCAUGGAGCCAGAGCUUAUCAGCAAAGUCCUCCGGGGGCUGAUCGAGGUGCAGUCCCCGCAUCUGGAGGAGCUGCUGAGAGCACUCUUUUCUGCCACCCCGGAUGCUGCUGCCCCGUUUCCGGCCUCCAAGCCCGUGGUGGUGGUGAGUUCCCUGCUGCUGCAGGAGGAGGAGCCCCUGGCUACAGGGAAGCCAGGCGCCGACAGUGGCAGCCUGGAGGCCGUGCGGCUGGGGCCCUCAUCGGGCCUCCUGGUGGACUGGCUGGAGAUGCUGGACCCUGAGGUGGUCAGCAGCUGCCCUGACCUUCAGCACAGACUGCUCUUCUCCCAGAGGAAGGGCAAAGGUCAGGCCCAGGUACUCUCUUUCCGCCCCUACCUCCUGGCCCUCUUCACACACCAGUCCAGCUGGCCCACACUACACCAGUGCAUCCGUGUCCUGCUGGGCAAGAGCCGGGAGCAAAGGUUCGACCCUUCCGCCUCUCUGGACUUCCUCUGGGCCUGCAUCCACGUUCCUCGCAUCUGGCAGGGGCGGGACCAGCGUACCCCGCAGAAGCGUCGGGAGGAGCUGGUGCUGCGAGUCCAGGGCCCAGAACUCAUCAGCCUGGUGGAGCUGAUCCUGGCUGAGGCUGAGACGCGGAGCCAGGACGGGGAUGCAGCCGCCUGCAGCCUCAUCCAGUCCCGGCUGCCCUUGCUGCUCAGCUGCUGCCACGGGGACGACGAGAGCGUCAGGAAGGUGACGGACCACCUGACAGGCUGCAUCCAGCAGCGGGGAGACAGUGUGCUGGGCAGGUGCUGCCGAGACCUCCUCCUGCAGCUCUACCUGCAGCGGCCAGAGCUUCGGGUGCCUGUGCCCGAGGUCCUGCUGCACAGUGAAGGGGCCACUGGCAGCAGCAUCUGCAAGCUGGAUGGCCUCAUUCACCGCUUCAUCACGCUCUUUGCGGACACCAGUGACACCCGGGCGUCAGAGAACCGAGGGGCGGACGCCAGCAUGGCCUGCCGGAAGCUGGCAGUGGCUCACCCGCUGCUGCUGCUCAGGCACCUGCCCAUGAUCGCAGCGCUCCUGCAUGGCCGCACCCACCUCAACUUCCAGGAGUUCCGGCAGCAGAAUCACCUGAGCUGCUUCCUGCACGUGCUGGGCCUGCUGGAGCUGCUGCAGCCGCACGUGUUCCGCAGCGAGCACCAGGGGGCGCUGUGGGACUGCCUGCUGUCCUUCAUCCGCCUGCUGCUGAAUUACAGGAAGUCCUCCCGCCACCUGGCUGCUUUCAUCAACAAGUUUGUGCAGUUCAUCCACAAGUACAUCACCUGCAACGCCCCCGCAGCUGUCUCCUUCCUGCAGAAGCAUGCCGACCCACUCCAUGACCUAUCUUUUGACAACAGUGACUUGGUCAUGCUGAAGUCCCUCCUCGCAGGGCUCAGCCUGCCCAGCAGAGACGGGAGGGCCGACCAAGGCCUGGAUGAGGAGGGCGAGGAUGAUACAGUGCCACAGCAGGUCUCUCCCAUGCUGCUGGAAGAACGCCAGGUCCAGGGCCCAAGGGACCAUCCUGCCUUGUGCCCAGGGGGUUGUGGCCUGCAUUUCGAGAAGCCCAGCAGGGAGACUCCCAAAGAGGAGAGCUCUGCCGGCUCCUUGCCCCUGGUCAGCGUCUCCCUGUUCACCCCUCUGACCACGGCCGAAAUGGCCCCCUACAUGAAGCGGCUUUCCCGGGGCCAGACAGUGGAGGAUCUGCUGGAGGUUCUGAGUGACAUAGAUGAGAUGUCCCGGCGGAGACCUGAGAUCCUGGGCUUCUUCUCAACCAACCUGCAGCGGCUGAUGAGCUCGGCCGAGGAGUCUUGCCGCAACCUGGCCUUCAGCCUGGCCCUUCGCUCCAUCCAGAACAGCCCCAGCAUCGCAGCUGAUUUCCUGCCCACGUUCAUGUACUGCUUGGGCAGCCAGGAUUUUGAGGUGGUGCAGACAGCCCUCAGGAACCUGCCUGAGUACACCCUCCUGUGCCAAGAGCACGCGGCUGUACUGCUGCACCGGGCCUUCCUGGUGGGCAUGUAUGGCCAGAUGGACCCCAGCGCGCAGAUCUCCGAGGCCCUGAGGAUGCUGCAUAUGGAGGCUGUAAUGUGAGCCUGUGGCGGCCGACCUACCUCAGCCCCGGCCCAGCCCGUCCACAGGGGAUCCUGAGGCAUAGCCCAGAAAGCCUGGGCAUUACUAGUCUCCCCAAGCAGAUGAGGGGCCAAGCCCUGAGGCCAGGCAGGCCUGGAAGCAAUACUCUGAGCCCUGGGGUGGCUCCAGUCCAGCUGCUGGCAUGGGGGGCCCUCCACCAAGCCCUCAGGCACCCUGUGGCCCACAGCCCUGCUACAGAAGGAUCCCGCUGGGCUGGUUUUGAAUGAAAUGUUCUGAACUCUC